AUGCCAGCACAGCAGCGCAAGAGACGCUUCGGCCACUCGCCAUCAACCUCUUCCAGAUCCAAGAGGUCACGGCCAGAAACUGUCCCCAAGGAAAAAGCAUGCAUGCUGUGCCACCAGACCCAGGACACCGACAUCUGUGGGGACAGGAGACUCAACUUCAAGCUCUGUGUCCACACCUACUGCCAGAUCCUCGCCACUGGGCUUUACCCACAGGAGGGCACUGGACACUUCCUCGUUGGGGACACCAGGCACAUCAUCAGAGAAGCAGCCAAGAAGGAGGCUCUAGAGGCUCAAAGCUGGCUCUGCCCUCAUCCCUCUCCCUCUGAAAUGCAAAGGGACCACAAAGCUCCAGUCCUGACUCAGGGACUGCUGUGCUCUUUCCAGAGCUGCUUCAUCUGCUGCAAGAUGGGGGCCACCAUCACCUGCUGCGAGACGGGUUGCGACCGCACCUUCCACCUGCCCUGUGCCCCAGAUGGCCAAUGUGUCACCCAGUACUUUGGGGCCUACAGGUCCUUCUGCUGGGAGCACCGCCCCAAGCAGCUACUGCGGCCACGUCCAAGCCAGGACAACACCUGCAGCAUCUGCCUGGACACUGUGGAAGACAACAUCUCCUACAAAACCAUGGGGUGCCCAGCGUGCCAAGGCGCCCGCUUCCACCGCCACUGCAUCCAGAGACUGGCUCUGCAUUCUGGCGUUGGCUUCCGAUGCCCGUGUUGCCUGAGCCAAGAGCCCUUCAUGACGGAAAUGCUCAUCAUGGGGAUCCGACUCUCUAAGAGACCCCCAUCAUGGCAGAGUGACCAAGAGGUCGGACCCUCAGAUCAGAGGCACGGCCGCUGCGAUGCUGCAAUGUGCCUUUGUCCGGGAGGCAGGGAGCACACAAAGGCAAACGGACCCUGGCAACUGCAGCUGUGCAGCUCCUGCGCUGCCGAGGGCACCCACCGACUCUGCUCCUCUUUGGGGAGCAGCACCUGCUCCUGGGAGUGCAGCACCUGUGCUGCCACCGACACUGGUAGGCACCAAAGCAUUUGGCACCACGCAAUGCAGACAGGGGCCAGCAUGGGCCUGGCAGCAGGGCCUUCUUCACGGCUUGGCUCCAGGAGGGCACUGGAUACCACAGUGGCCUCUCCUGCCUGCACCCUGGCGGUCUGUCCUGACAACCUUCCUGCUGCCUCUCUUUGCAGGUUCCACUAGCAAAUCUGAGCUUGUGGGCCCCAAAACUUCCAGCACAGAACUGCUGACACUGUCCCAGGGCACGGCGCUCCUCAGAAGCAGCUGCUCCACCAGCCUUCAGCAGGCCUUAAAGCAGUGCAACACUCAGGAAGACAGACAGUCACAGACAGUGUACAGCCUUCCUGCAGAACGCUGCAGAAUCCAGGAUGGGCCUGCCCACAGGGCUGA